CGCGCGCGCCUGUCCGUUGGUCUUUCGCCUCGCGCUCUGCUCACAUGACGUUACCCAGCAUUCUGCGGGACAGAAACCGGCAGAACACCGAGAAGGAAGAGGAUGCGGCUCGCCUCAGACAUGGAUUACAAGGUUGUGUUCGCAGCCUUAGAGACGGUAUGCGGGGACAUCAUUUCUGUUAUGGGUGGGCCUUCUGAUUUGCCGUACGGCGCCGUUGCCCAGCGUCUGGUCACGUGUAUGAAACAGAUUCAAGAGCACGGACGAGCCCUGGAACCUGUGGUCCGGUGCUUCACCGCCAUCUUCCAUCAUUACGACUUUGACGCACAGACGCCUGGAAAUGGCUACCGCACCCUGGUCAAGGUCUUGCAGUCUUGCCUUUUGCACAUCGUUCACAAGGGCCGCUACAUUGCCUCUAAUUACAACAGUGCCUUCUUCAGGGCAGACCACAACGCCUCUGAGAUGGAGGCGUACUGCAGCGCCCUGUGCCAGCUUCGCGCCCUGAUGCACCUCGCACAGCGGCUGGUCAACGACAACGACUACGCCCAGCUGUACUCCCUGCAGGAGGGUGACCUCAGUCGUCGGUUCGUGCAGGAGUACAGCUCCAUGCACAAAGCCUGUUUCUACGGCCGCUGUCUGGGCUUUCAGUACUCGCCAGCUCUACGUCCGUUCCUCCAAACUGUUGUCAUAAGCAUGGUUUCCUAUGGAGAGACGUAUGGUAAACAGCAGUCCAGCUUGGGCAUGGCAGCCCUCUCCCUGCUCACAUCAGGGAAGUACGUCAUGGAUCCAGAGUUACGUGGCGCAGAGUUCGAACGAAUUACCCAGAACCUGGACAUGCAGUUCUGGAAGUCCUUCUGGAACCUGACAGAGUCCGGCCUUUUAACAGGCUUCAGCAGGAUAGCCUCCAGCCCGGUGCAGAUGAACAUCACCUUGACUUUGCCUCCCGUCACUCUGCGCCUCCCACUCGCCUCAGACCCGAGUCUAACAGCCACCGUGUCACCUCCAAUUGCCCAUUGGGGCCCCGGGCCUGUCAACAUGCGUCUGAUCUCCUAUGAGCUUCGAGAUGGACAGGAAAGUGAAGAGCUGCUCACUUUUUCCCGAACCGAUCCUCCGCCCAUCACAGCGUCCCAACUCCCCUGGGUACAGAAGCAGCCUCGCUCCCCCUGGCUCCUCAUCCACUUCCACGGAGGGGGCUUUGUGGCACAGACUUCCAAAUCCCAUGAGAAUUAUCUUCGGACUUGGUCGAAGGAGCUGAACGUACCUAUCCUCUCCGUGGACUACUCUCUGUCACCCGAAGCUCCCUUUCCCAGAGCUCUGGAGGAAUGUUUCUACGCCUACUGCUGGGCUCUGAACAACUGUCACCUGCUGGGCUCCACAGCAGAGCGGGUUUGUCUGGCAGGUGACAGCGCCGGAGGAAACCUCUGCAUCACCGUGUCCAUGAAGGCCAUAUCCAACGGCAUCCGAGUCCCCGACGGCAUCAUGGCCGCCUACCCUGCCACCCUGCUCACCACCGACGCCUCACCCUCCCGCCUCCUCACGCUCAUCGACCCGCUGUUGCCUCUAGGUGUUCUCACAAAGUGCCUCAAUGCCUAUGCAGGUGCGGACUGUCAGUCGGUGCAGCCUGCAGUGGGAAGCGGCAGUCUGAGCUCUCUGGGUCGAGACACCGCCGUGCUGCUCAGCGAUCUCACCCAGGGAGCCUCCAACUGGAUCCAGUCCUUUCUGGACCCGGCGCGAAAUACCUCCGGUGGUGGCCGCUCACAGUCUUUAAGCCUGAGGAGGACCCAGAGCCACGAAAUCCGGAGGCCGUCCUCUCACACCUCCACAGCAAACUCCACCGAUCACCUGUAUUACCCACCGGGCUUCGAGCCCCUGCGUUCAGAGUGCCUGGCUUUUGUUCGCCCUACGUCCUGCCCCAUUAUCAGGAACCCGUUUGUGUCGCCCCUGCUGGCUCCAAACAACCUGCUGAGAGGCCUGCCACCUGUACACAUAGUGGCCUCUGCUUUGGAUGCCUUGCUCGACGACUCUGUGAUGUUUGCCAAGAAGCUGAAGGACAUGGGCCAGCCCGUGAGUCUGACGGUGGUGGAAGACCUGCCUCACGGCUUCCUCAGCCUAUCGCAACUCGCCAAGGAGACGGAGGUCGCUUCGGAAAUCUGCGUGGAGCAAAUGAGGAAGAUUUUUCAGCAGCAGAGCCCAACGCCUGCCCUCCGCAAGCGGCCAAAGAUGGAAGAGACCUUUCAGAGCACCAAUCCGUCGGGCUGAUUUAUUAGCCUGCCGUUCUUGGGGACUUUGUUGUCGUUGGCUGGCGUAAUAUAUUGAGAGACAUGCAAUGAAUGUAAGAGAGGGAAACAAGUGAAGGAUAAUUAUGAGGAAGCACAGGGACACUGCACUUCAAACCUUUUCAGCACAACACAACGAUCGAGAGAUCUGUAACAGCUCUAAAACGGUCCUAAACGAUGAUAAAAAAGGAAACGAUUAUGUAUUUUUCUACCACCGAUUAAAUGCACAAUAAGAAUAUAACAUAUAUGUAGCAAAAACUUCACCAUAACCAGCCCUCACAGUAAUUUCUGAACUGAUAAACGUCAGUAAUGGAAGCUUCUGUGCCUUGAACUUUAAGUGCUGCUGUAAAAAAAAAAAAAAAAACUCACCAAACUGAGCAGGAUUAAAGGUUUACUUGUACAGGAAACACAGUCCAGAUGCACUGUAUUACUAUUAUUAAGAUUAUAUUUGGAUUAAAUGUGUAAUCUGGUUUUGCCCAGUUUGCCACAUGUUUACAACAUAUUGUUAAGGAGGCCUUCACAUUGUGUUUACCAGCAGUAUGUGGAUUAUGGAUGUGGACGUGAAAGAAACUUGUAAUACUGUAAAUUAACUCUUAGUAUUUCUUAAUAAUAGUAUUUAACACUGUGUUGUUAUAUGUAAAGUCUGAAUUAAAUCAAAACUGCAAAGA